AUGGCAAUACGAUACCUAAUCCUACUCUCCCGGCAGGGUAAAGUGCGUCUGGCUAAAUGGUUCUCAACUCUCUCUCCAAAGGACAAGGCAAAGAUCGUCAAGGAUGUAUCGCAGCUCGUGCUAGCCCGUCGCACGCGGAUGUGCAACUUCAUUGAGUACAAAGACACCAAGAUUGUGUAUCGCCGUUACGCGUCGCUCUAUUUCAUCGCCGGUAUAGAGUCGACGGAUAACGAACUCAUCACGCUUGAGAUCGUCCAUCGCUUUGUGGAACAGAUGGACAAGUACUACGGCAACGUCUGCGAGCUUGACAUCAUCUUCAACUUCCAGAAAGCCUAUUUCAUCCUUGACGAGCUUCUUCUUGCUGGUGAGAUGCAGGAGAGCAGCAAGAAGAAUGUGCUACGCUGUAUAGGGCAGCAAGACAGCCUUGAAGACAUGGAGGCCGAAGACGACGGUGUCACAAGGAUCGGCUAG